AGAAAGUACGUGUUCCAGUGGCAGUCACAAGGAAGCGUUGAAGUGACGCACAUCAUCCUCUUCUUCCUACUCUUCCCCCGCCUCCUUGAGUCACGCGGCAUUAAGGCAUUAGCACCGUUAAGUUAGUGUAAAGAUGAGGUGGUGGGUGGCGGCGGUGGGCGUGGCGGCGGCCCUGCAGGUGGUGGGGGCCAGCAGAAUCCUCUUCUUGUCCCCAAUCUCCUCCAAAAGUCAUAAGAACUUCUACAUGGGCAUCAUUAACGCUUUGGCUGAUAGAGGACAUCAGAUCACACUACUGACGCCAUACAAGGCUUCCAGAGUGAAGGAGAAUGUCCAGGAGGUUGUGCUUCCAAACAUGGACAUGGCUAAUGUUAUUUCAAAUUUUAAUAUUUUUACUGGAAACAAGAUGGUGGGACCUCUUCAACUCGCAGUGGAUGCUCCUUAUCUCUGUGCUGAUGCAUUAGGCGAUCCUCAGACUCAAAACCUGCUGAAAGAAGAGUUUGAUUUGGUCAUAAUGUCAAUGUUCUUCAGUGACUGCUUCUUGUCAUUUGUCCAUCAGUUAAAGAUACCAUAUGCUUUUGCUGUUCCUGCUGGACUUUUUGGACCCUUUGCAGGCUUCGGAGGAAGCAUAACCUUUCCAUCCUUUGCCCACAACCCUCUCUUCACCUUCAAGACCCCGUAUUCCUUCACCGAGCGCAUCAUUCUCUCUCUCUCGUCUCUGCUUUCAGAUGUGGUAUUCGACUACUUUGUUUCUCAUCAGAUGGAAAGCAUCUGCCACCAACGUGGGCUGUGCCCUGAAGAUAUGCCAAGUUUCUCAGUUAUUCGUCAGAACUCCAGUCUUACAUUAGCAACUGCUAUAAAGACCCUGGAAGUUCCGGCUGAGCCAUCUGUGCCUACCACAAUAUACUGCGGGGGAAUCCACUGCCACCCAUCCAACCCCCUUCCCAAAGACUUGGAGGACUGGGUUGCAGGCGCUGGGGAGGAUGGCUUCAUCUUCUUCAGCCUGGGUUCUGCUGUGAUUCCGUCCCAAAUGCCAGAAGAGCACCGAAAAACUUUGUUGCAAGUGUUUGGGUCCUUGAAGCAGCGAGUGUUGUGGAAGUGGGACAAGGACACCAUGGAUGACCUGCCACCAAACGUGCGCCUCGGCAAGUGGCUACCCCAGCAAGACAUUCUAGGUCAUCCCAAAAUGCGCCUGUUCAUCACACAUGGAGGUCUCCUGAGCACCCUGGAGUCCAUGUACCAUGGGGUUCCAGUCCUGGGCAUUCCUGUUUUUGGUGACCAGCAGACAAACAUGUUCGUGGUGGAGAAGGAUGGAUGGGGGAAAGUUCUCCACUGGGAAGACUUGACUCCUGAAACACUGAAAGCCAAGAUGUUUGAGGUCAUUAAUGAUGAGAGUUUGAGGAAGGAGGCCCAGUGGAGGUCAGUGUUGAUGAAGGACCAGCCUCAGCGGCCUGAAGACAUUGCUGUGUACUGGGUGGAGUACGUGAUGCGUCACCACGGGGCACCACACCUUGUUAGCCCUGUGCGGUCGAUGCCUUGGUAUCAACUGUACAAUGUGGAUGUCUGGGCCACCAUCAUCGUGGUGCUGCUGCUCCUCCUCUAUGUGUCCUUCAGGGUGUUCAAGGCUGUGUGUCGCUGGCUGUUCUGUGGAAAGAAGAAACAAAAACAUGACUAAAAUUUUAGCCAUGGCAGUUGUUCUUAUCUUUACUGAUUCACUUAGACAUUGGUUUAGCUGUUUCUAUGUAUUUAUAAUUAAACAUGGUUAGUAAAACAAUCAAAUAAAAACAAAAACAAAAACAUAUCUAAAAUAUUAGACAUGACAAAUUUUUUUUUUUUAUACAUUCACCUGUUUAGUUAAUGUUUUUACUUACUUAAAUUUUAACAAAGUGACUUCAGCAACCACAUCAAUCAUGUUGAUCAAAUAACCCUGUGUUCCAUGGAAAAAAUGCAUAGUUUUAAAAGUGUGAUCUUUACAUUUCCGCCCGGAAUCGUGCCAAAUCUAUUCUUCGACUUACCAAAAACUCCUUUAUCCAUAGCAAAUGUCAACACCUUGCUUUCUCUAAUUCUUCCAGAGACUUCUGGCUCUUAGCCAAAAAUAUCUCCUCCAAUUUCACUUCUUCCUCUUUCCCGCCUCUUCUUAAUCUAGACGGCAACACUGCCGUCUCAUCUAUCUCUAAGGCUGAACUCUUCGCUCAUACUUUCUGUAACAACUCCACUCUGGAUGAUUCUGGGCAUAUUCCUCCUACUUAUCCCCCCUCUGACUCCUUUAUGUCUGUUAUUAAGAUUCUUAGGAAUGAUGUUUUCUAUGCCCUCUCUGGCCUCAACUCUCAGAAGGCUUAUGGACCUGAUGGAGUGCCUCCUAUUGUCCUUAAAAACUGUGCUUCCGUGCUGACACCCUGCCUGGUCAAACUCUUUCGCCUCUGCCUAUCAACAUCUACCUUUCCUUCCUGCUGAAAGUAUGCCUUCGUACAGCCUAUGUCUAAGAAGGGUGACCGUUCCAAUCCCUCAAACUACCGCCCUAUAUCUUUACUUUCCUGUCUAUCUAAAGCUUUUGAAUCAAUCCUUAACCGGAAGAUUCAAAAGCACCUUUCCACUUCUAACCUUCUAUCUGAUCGCCAGUAUGGGUUCGGCAAGGGGCGUUCUACUGGCGAUCUUCUUGCUCUCAAGUGAUUCUUGAUCAUCCUCUCUUAGCCGUUUCGGUGAAACUUUCUCAGUUGCGUUAGACAUAUCGAAAGCUUUCGAUAGAGUCUGGCACAAGUCUUUGCUUUCUAAACUGCCCUCUUUUGGAUUCUAUCCUUCUCUCUGUUCCUUUAUCUCCAGUUUCCUUUCCGACCGUUCUAUCUCUGCUGUGGUAGACGGUCACUGUUCUUCCCCUAAACCUAUUAACAGUGGUGUUCCACAGGGCUCUGUCCUAUCACCCACUCUCUUCCUGUUAUUCAUAAAUGAUCUUCUUUCCAUAACAAACUGUCCUAUCCACUCAUACGCUGAUGACUCCACUCUGCAUUAUUCAACUUCUUUCAACAGAAGACCCUUUCAACAGGAAUUACAUGACUCCAGGCUGGAGGCUGCAGAAUGCUCAACCUCAGACCUUACUAUCAUUUCCGAUUGGGGUAAAAGGAACCUUGUGUCCUUCAAUGCCUCAAAAACCAAUUUCUCCACCUAUCAACUUGACACAAUCUUCCAAACCCCUAUCCCCUUUUCUUCGACAACACUCAGCUGUCACCAUCUUCAACACUAAACAUCCUCGGUCUAUCCUUAACUCAAAAUCUUAACUGUAAACUUCACAUCUCCUCGACCUCCAGUAAAAUGGAAAGAUAGGGAGCAGGAGUAUGUCAGGGAGAGGGGUGAAAGAUCCUUGAGAAGCUGUGAGCAGGCAAGGAGGGAGCGUCUGGAUAGAGAGAGAUGGAAACUCUUCUGCCGUGGCCAUCCCUUAUUGGUGGGAGCUCCUAUAUAAAGGAGCAGGCAUCAAAGAUGAAUGAAUGAAUGAAUAUUAUUAAAAAAUUAAGGUUUCUAUAUAAGUACAUUAUUGUGAAAGGGCAUGUAUAAGGGUGGAUUAGUGUCAAGCCAUGGAUGUGACGAGCCAGGGAGUCUGUUGAAACCCCAGUUCUGCCAUGUGAUGUCAGGAAACGCAUUCAGACCUAAACCCCGAGCCACACCUUAAAUACCAUGGCCCCUUAUAUACACGGGUAAAAGUUGUCAAGAGAAUGAAGAAAAAUAUGGUAUUAUGACAAUCAUUCAAAAUCACUAACUAUUCUGGAAGUUUUCUAUAAAUAAUAUUUUAUUAUAUAAUUGUGAACUUUUGUCUAAAUAUGCUCCAGCCCUGAAAAUGAGUUUAGUGGAUUUAUGUCAUCUGCAGGUUUUCCAACUUGCACAUCUACCCUUCUAUAUUUGCCCUUAAAAUAAAAUAUCUGCACCUGAACUAAAUAUCAAAUUAAAUACAUUUGUGGAAACUGCAA